UAUGUUCUUCUUCUGUCAGAUCCCAAAAGGAAUGGUCUGGUGGAGCUGAUUCUGCAGGUUGGAGUGGGACAGCUGAGUGAACAGCAGAAGGACACUCUGGUGAGACAGCUGGCUGUAUUGCUGAAUGUUUUGGAUUCAGAUAUCAAAGUCCAGAAGAUACAAGCCUAUUCAGAUAUAAGCACCUCAGUUGUGUUCUAUGUGCAGAACGGGCAUCCUUCCACGGUGAUCAAGGCAUCAGAUGUCUCAAGAACUCUGCACGUGCAGCUCUUGAAACAGAAGGCUGACUUUCUGCUUUUUAAAGUCCUGCGAGUUGACACAGCUGCCUGUCUUUUGAAAUGCUCUGGACAUGGGCACUGUGACCCCAUAACGAAGCGCUGCAUUUGCUACCAGCUGUGGAUGGAAAACUUGAUACAUCGUUAUCUAAAUGAUGGAGAGAGUAAUUGUGAGUGGAGUAUACUCUAUGUGACUGUAUCUGUUUUUAUUUUGAUUGUGGUCAUGGUAGGGCUUGCCUGGUUCUGCAUCUGCUGCUGCAAAAGCAGGAAGAGGACAAAGAUAAGAAAGAAAACAAAAUAUACCAUCCUAGAUAACAUAGAUGAGCAGGAGAGAAUGGAACUACGACCCAAAUACGGUAUAAAACACAGAAGUACAGAACACAACUCCAGUCUGAUGGUCUCCGAGUCAGAGUUUGACAGUGAUCAGGACACUAUCUUCAGCAGAGAAAAGAUUGAAAGAGAGAAUCCUAGAACACUUAUGAAUGGAUCCAUCAGAAAUGGAGUUUCCUUCAACUAUAGCUCCAAAGACAGAUAACUGAAUGAGGGUAAAAGCACAGAACACGCUGGUGUGACACAUCUGAAACAUGUUGGCCCACCUCUGUUUUUGCAGAACCAAAAGCUUCCUAAAAUAUCAACUAAUUGCAGGUGAAAGGCUAAAUUUGUAACACAGGUGGAGGAAGGAAGAACGAAGGAAGAAGGAUUAGAUGGUCAGCUAACUCCUCUUGUCACCGUUAUAGGAACAAGGAAAAGCACAUCUUAUUUCCUCCAUGUUUCAUGCUGAAUGUUUUUCUGAAUUUCUGAAGGCCCUUUUUUCUGUGUCACUGCUACAAAAUUAGCCAGGGCUGUUGUACUACAGACUGUGAUAACUAACAAUGGCACAUAGAUUCAUGUCCUAUGCUCCUACCACUCUUCUUGGAGAAGCAGUGUGGUUUAUAACAGCAAAAGCCAAUAUAGAUAAAUUCCAUUACAACUAUAGAGAGCAGUAUGUGGCCACAGGCUCCAUCCUAAUUUUCAGCUUAGGAUGGAAACACAAAGAGCAUUUUUAGUGCAUUUGUGUUUAUCUGACUGUGCUUUGUAAAUUCUUUUUUCUAGGGUACUCUUCGUGAGGUGGAAAUGUCUUUGUUUUGUUUUCAAAGAAAAGUUAUCCCUGGAUUUUCAUAGGAGAUAUGGUAUCUACAUAGGAAAGUCCAGCCUUAGGCUGCUUCUGUAAUGAUGAAAGUGCUUUGUCUCAGCCAUGUCCAUCCAGGAAACUGCAGCACCUUCCAAAGCAUUCCAAGCAACCUUUUGCUUAGAGAUCACUUUUGGGGGAGCUCUGAAGCUUCUAAGACUGAACGCUCAGCUGAGAUGAGUUUUCAUCUGUCAGCCUUAGUGCUCAGUUAAAGAACGUGCCAGGCACUCGUGUAGUGAAAUGCUUGUGGCAAAUACCCUGUGUGAACCUUCAUUGUCGUGGGAAUCAGUACUGAACAAGGUUUUAGCUUGAACAUUAAACUGUUUUAUUUUUUCCUCUGUGGCUAUUCAGUGACUGGAUGUGCUGACCUAAGGAAAUCCUUUCAGGCUUUUGGCAAUGGUAGGUGUAUUGAAGUUCUGAUAUUCUUGUCCACAGACUGGAUAAUUUCUUCACAGCCUGCUUGUUAGGCUUUAAAAUCAUACCCCCACAGUACUGCUCUUGAAAUCCCAGACUGAAGACCUGGCUUCUAAACAUCAGCCUCAUGUGUGGGGACAUCUGUGUCAGUGGUGCUGUUUAGCCAUGAUGUCAGCUUUAUCUGGGGGUACUCUACUGAUGUGCUGGAGUCUUGGAUAUGGAGGAAUGAUGUGUUUCGAUGGAGAAAACGUUCCUCUGGGAACAUUUUGCAGAGAGUUUUUUUGUUUUUAAUCCAAUGGUAGAGAACCCAUUAUUGGGGAAGGAUGGAGCAGUAUAGAGAUCAAGGAGAGCAGCAUAGAAGGCUCAGGGAGGGCACAUAGCCCAUCUUUAUCAUGAAAAAUAAUUUAGUGGAGAAUUCUGGGGCUUCCUCCAUCCUUUCUUAGAAGUCUGAGAGAGCAGAGUAGCUGGGUUGAACACUGGGGGCUUCUGUGCUUCUCUUGUUAAUGGAGUUGGGCAACUAGGUUGGAAGGAAUCAGUAGUCAAAAGUUGCAGCAACACGGCAUGCUCAUAAUUUGUUUCAUACUUUCGAUUUUCAAAUGCAGCCAGCAAGAGUCCCUAAGGCUACUAGUGCAGCACUGAGGAAUAUUUCUCUGAGGAGCUUUGUGUGGCUGCAGGAGUCAUCAAGGAGGGAGAGGCUGUGAAGAGCUAAAAUGGGCUAGUGCAGGUGCUGUCUGUGUUUUUCUCAUACCCACCAGCAAGGUGCAGUAGAAAUGGUAUGAUUUGCUUUCUUCAGAAACCAAGUUUCAACUCUGUGUAUGGAGGGGUUUAGCAUAUUUAUUGAAACAAAUCUACUUUAUCACACUCUCCCCCUUCUUGAGAGUGUGUGUGUAUAUGUAUAUAUAUUUUUAAAUAACUUGGUCAAUAAAAGCAAGGGCAGCUUCUGAUGUCCUUCAGUUUCUGCUCCAGAUGUGUUAAUGUAAUAAUGCAGUGUUUACUUUAAAGCAUUCCUGAAUAAAGUUAAGGCCCGCUCAAAAUACUAAUUUUUUUUUUUUUCCUUUGAAAUCCAAAUGUUGGGCUUAAUUAAUUCUGCGUAACUUCCCAGAAUGUUCCAGCAGGAAUCAUGCUCAUGGAAACAUGCAUUUUUAAACAAGCAAACAAGUUGCUUAAGCAGUUUCAACUUUGUAUUUGCCAUGCUGCCGUUAAUGCUUCUGCGAAAUACUGUCUCCAGUGUGCCUUUAUCUAUAAACUUACCUUGUAGGACACGUCAGUGCAGUCAGCAGCAUCCACCAGUUUUGUGAAAUCAGUCUCUUUAUAUGUUUUGGGUUUAUUUUAUGUUUAAAGCCAGCACAAAAGGCUAGGAGGUUGUUCUUUCAAGGAAUUAAAAUUCAGACAUCUAAAAAAACCAACCAACCAAACAAACAAAAAACCCAGAGCAACCAAACAAAAAACCCCAAACUCAACCAACCAAACAAACAAAAAAACCAAACCAAAAAAAAACCCCAAACAAAAACCCAAACCAAACUCCAAAACUAAAGGUUGAUUCUCUAGCAAAACAAGUACAGGAAUCAGGUUUUUCUUGUUUUAUUUGUAAGCAUAGAUUGUCAGCUCUGUCCUUUUAGGUAAACAGUCUUCUCCCCCUGUGUCAGAUGCAUCACAUAUAAGUACUGUUCAGGUGUCUGUUUUGUGCUGUCAGCUGUUUGCCUGUAGGGUAUCAGUUUUGCUUUUCUUGGUCUCUGUGGGCAAACAGAACUGAGCACUCAUGCAAGGAACUUAACAGUGUGUGAACUUAACAGAGAGAGAGUGAGUGGGUGCGUGUGUUCUCUGUGCUGGAUUCACACUUUCCUUAAAUAAUCCAAUGUUCUUGAAAUAAUUGAGUUUAGGCAAUGUUCCUGCUUUUAGCCUCAAGUGAAACUAGUUUUCCCCUCCAGUAUACUGAUAAUGGGCAGUAGUCAGAUGGAGCUUUGGGGUUGGUGGUAAUAAAAUGACAUUUAGUGUAGUCUUCGGACAUUUAUUUGAGGUUUGAGAGAGGUAAGCAUUCUUCUUGAAGAAGGGAAAUGGGAUAUAGCGAUGAAUUAGUUUCUUAAUAUCAGUUAUUGCUUAUCAUUGAUCCUAACUAGAAUACUAAUCCAUUAUUUCUGCGGCAAAGAAAAACCCAUUUCACGUUCCUUUUAUGUGCUGAACUCCCCAAGGCAAAGGAGAAAAAUAAAAAGUUCAGAAAUAAAUUUUAAAAAGGAGGCAGCAAAGGCAAAUGAUUUUUGUACGGGCUAUGAAUCAAGUGCAGAUGAGCUGCAGAUUUGUAGUUUGUCUCUGUAUGGAAGCACUUCUCCUUGUGGGUGGAUGGGGUGAGCUAUUACAGAACUUAUAUUAAGAACCUGUUUCUAGAAAAUGUUAUUUAUUGCUAUUGCUAUUGUAUUGUAACUGGAACUGUUUUUGAGCUGAAAUUGCUACAUUUAUGUAACUAAUAAAUUUUUUUCUUUCCUUUUAGGAACUUGUCAGGUACUCUUUUAGGCGUGGUAUUCUGUAUUGGACUCAUCACUCAGGUCAGGCUAAUAGACAUACGUUGUAUACCAUAGCUUAUGUCUGUACUCAAACAUAAAAGCAGUGCAGUAGCUGAUCCCUUCCUUUCCUACUGACAGAAGCAUCUUUUUCUAGAGAGGUGACAUAAUUCAGUACAUCAGAGAACAGGAAAAAAAAAUAAUUUACUGCAGAUCACAGUAGGUUUUCUUGUGGUGCUUGUCCUUACUUGGUUUAAUUGGCUGUGUGUAAAUAAUCACCAGCUGUCAUGCCAAGUGUGGUAAUUACACAAGCUUUGUGGCUUACUCUAUAACAAAUCCAGUACCUGAGAGUGUUUGUCAGUAUAAUGGCUGCUUUGCAGUAAUCAGUGUGCAAUAUAACCCAAAAUGCUGUGUUAGAUAGAGGCAGGUUACGCUGCCUGUUUCCUGAGCUUCAGAAGAAAAAUCCUCGUGUCGGUGUGUGUGAAGUUUGUGGUAAUUUGUGAUAAUAAAAGGUACUAUGAGA